UACGUACUUUUUUUUUUUUUUUUAAACGAGUUGUAACCUGACAGUCAUUUUAAAACCGUCCCCCUCAAAGGAUGUGAGGAGAGUUUGAGGAGGUGGAGAAUGUGCGCAGGCGCCCUAGGGCUGGGGAGGGCCUUGGGCGUUGCGAGUUCCCGAGAGCUGGAGGCGAAGCGAAAGGGGUCCAGAGCUGUGGUCGGGCUGGAGAGGUUCACAAUGGUUCGUAGUGGAAAAAAUGGUGACCUUCAUCUUAAACAGAUUGCAUACUAUAAACGAACUGGUGAAUAUCAUGCAACUACACUUCCAAGUGAGAGAAGUGGCAUAAGAAGAGCAGCAAAGAAAUUUGUCUUCAAAGAGAAAAAGCUAUUCUAUGUUGGAAAAGACAGAAAACAAAAUCGUUUGGUAAUUGUUUCAGAAGAGGAAAAAAAGAAAGUCCUCAGAGAAUGCCAUGAAAAUGAUGCUGGAGCUCAUCAUGGCAUAUCCAGAACGCUCACCCUAGUGGAAUCUAAUUACUAUUGGACUUCUGUGACCAAUGAUGUCAAACAGUGGGUAUAUGCUUGUCAACAUUGCCAACUGGCAAAAAAUACAGUUUUUCUAGCACCUAAGCAGCACCUUCUCAAGGUGGAAAAUUCAUGGAGUAUAGUUACUGUGGAUCUGAUGGGACCUUUUCAUACAAGCAACAGAAGUCAUGUGUAUGCUAUAAUUUUGACAGAUUUGUUCACAAAAUGGGUUAUGAUUUUGCCUCUGUGUGAUGUUUCAGCGUCAGAAAUUUCUAAAGCUAUUGCCAAUGUAUUUUUCUUAUAUGGACCUCCUAAGAAAAUAAUAAUGGACCAAAGAGAUGAAUUUAUUCAACAGAUCAAUGUUGAACUGUAUGGAUUGUUUGGUACAAAAGAGAUUGUAAUUUCUCAUACUUCUGGAACUAUUAAUCCAACUGAAAGUACACCUAGAACAGUCAAAGCAUUUCUCUCCAAACACUGUGCCGAUCACCCAGAGAACUGGGAUGAGCAUUUAUCAGCUGUUUCCUUUGCCUUCAAUGCAACUCACUUGGAGCCUGCUAAAAAUACACCAUAUUUUCAAAUGUUUAAUCGAAAUCCUUACAUGCCAAUGACUUCAGAUACUCUUCAUGAAGUGGAUGCCAAUAAUACAAGUAUGUUUGCCAGAAUUCUAGAUGCAGUUAAAGAAGCUGAUAAAAUAAUGGAGACAAAGACAACUUCAAUGGGCCAGAUGGAGAACCAUUUGAAUGGACUACAUAAAAGCAAGAUCAUUGUUAAAAAGAAAACAAAGCAGUUAAAUCCAUUUCAUUUAAAAGUGGGUCAUGAAGUUUUAAGACAAAGGAAAAAUCGGUGGAAAGAUGGUCGUUUCCAGUCCGAAUGGGUUGGUCCUUGUGUCAUAGACUAUAUUACAGAAAGUGGGUGUGCUGUCCUGAGAGACAACACGGGGUCUAGGCUUAAAAGACCUAUCAAAAUGUCCCACCUUAAGCCUUAUGUAAGAGAAUCCAGUGAACAAGAUAGUCUUUAUCUCUUGCAAGGUGCUAUAGUGGCAGAUCAUGACUAUAUUGGAUUGCCUGAUAUUCCAGUUGGAACACACCAAGCAGAUAUCCUGGUAGAAGAUGCAGCUAUUGGCGUAGUUGAUAAUGAGUUACUGACAUCAAGCAAGGAGCAUGAACUAUUAGAAUAUAGGAAUCCCCAAACCGCUUCAUUGAUAGAUGAUCAUGGUACUCUUGAGAAGCAGACUUUUGGUCUGUUGGACUCUUCAAACCAAGUCCUUGAAUACUUAAGUUAGUAAAUACCAAAAUUGAUUUAACAUGCUUGUUUAGAAGAAUGUUGAUAUUGUAACCAUUAAAAUAGGUUGUAUAGAACAAGUGUCUUGAAAUAGUCUUAAUGACUAAAUCCUGAAUUUUUAUAACUGUAUCUAAAGUUAUGUCACAUUUGAUAUCAAUAUAGAAAUGUAGAGCAAAAAACGCAUAUACAUUAU